ACGUUCUUCUUAUUUUGUAGUGACAACUAGCAUCUCAAAACUCAGAUUGAAGAGAUUGAUCUAUCAUUACCCAAAAGCCAAUUCAGUCACGCACGGAGAUUUUCCUGCCGCUAUGGACGACGGCAGCAAGAAGGCCUAUGCUGUUGCCAUCUCUGUACAGCUCGUGUACACCGGCAUGUUCGUGAUAUCCAAGGCGGCCUUCGACCAUGGCAUCAACACCUUCGUCUUCAUGUUCUAUCGCCAGGCUGCUGGCUCCCUCCUCCUCCUGCCUCUCGCCCUUCUCCGCCAUUACAGGAUGGAGCAUGUGAAGCUCAAGAGCUGGUCAGGUGUAGCCAAGCUCACCGGCGUCGUGCUUUGCCUCGCCGGGGUCUUGGUCAUCGCCCUCUACGCCGGGCCGUCGCUGAGCCCCGUCAACCAUCGCCGCGCCUUCGCCUCCCACGGUUCAGGGCCGUCAGGGGCAAAUGUUGCUACACGCAGUGCCUGGGUCAAAUGGACGUUCCUGAUGGUCCUCGCCAACACGAUGUGGUCUCUGCUGAUUGUUCUCCAGGCUCCAUUGCUCGAGGAAUGCCCUGAUAAGAUCCUCGUCACGGCGGCGCAGUGCGUUUUCAGCACGGCGCAGUCAUUUGUCGUCGCCGUGGUCGCCGAGAGGGACUUCUCCAGGUGGAAGCUCAACUUUGACGUCAGCUUGCUCGCCAUCUUCUACUCGGGGUUUGUAGUGAUGGGAUUGGGCUACUACCUGCAAGCUUGGUGCGUGGAGAUGAAAGGCCCCGUCUUCCUCGCUGCCUGGACCCCGUUCUGCUUCAUCUUCACAAUGUUCUGCUCCUCCUUCUUCUUGGGAGAGAUCGUCCACCUUGGCAGCAUUGUAGGUGCAGCCCUGUUGGUUGGUGGUCUUUACAGUGUAUUAUGGGGUAAAAGCAAGGAGGCCAAGAUAGAACCGUGCAAGGAGGUGACUAAUAAGAUUGAUAAUCCAGUUGAUGAAAACAUCAAGCAGAAUUAUGAAGAGAUGCUAGGAGAAAUUGCCCCAUGAUCAUGGGUGGAGAUUUCAAUAUCCUGAGAUACAGCUCAGAUAAAAAUAAAAAAUUCUUUGCUAAUAAGUACUCAGAUCUUUUCAA